ACCACUGACUACAAUGCAGCUAUAAGGUCCUGGCUGUCUUCAAAGUUAAAACAGUUCCCUUCCACCUUACGUUCCUCUUUCUUUUAUGGGUUCUCACCGGAAAAUCGUUUCCGGUUCCGACUAGCCGCCGGAGGAAAUAACGGCAACUUAAAAGAAAACCUUUUCUUUCCUCAUUGUUUUACUACUAAAAUCCCAUAAUGCCGGUCGUGGAUUUUGUCUGUGUUUUUUUAGUUUCAGUUGUGAUGUUUAAUUUGAGAGUAAGCUCAGAACCAGUUGAAGACAACCAAGCUCUACUUGCUUUCAUUUCGGGAAUUAGACAUGCCGACCGGGUUAAAUGGAAUUCAUCGACCUCAGCCUGUGAUUGGUUCGGUGUUCAAUGCGACGCCAACCGGUCUUUCGUCUACACUUUACGGCUCCCCGGUGCGGCCCUUAUCGGUUCGAUUCCGCCCAAUACAAUCGGUCGGUUGAACCGACUUCGAGUUUUAAGUCUACGAGCAAACCGUUUGUCCGGUGAGAUCCCUGCCGAUUUCUACAAUUUGACUCAGCUGCGUAGCCUUUAUUUGCAAGGUAACGAGUUCACCGGUCCGUUCCCACCUAGUGUGACUCGUUUAACUCGUUUGACUCGCCUUGAUCUUUCUUCUAAUAAUUUCACCGGUCCAAUUCCUUUGGGUGUCAACAAUUUGACUCAGUUGACCGGACUCUUCUUGCAAAAUAACAAGUUUUCCGGUUCUCUCCCGAGCAUCGACUCGGACGGUUUAAACGAUUUCAAUGUGUCUAACAACAACCUUAAAGGUUCAAUCCCCGACUCGUUAUCUAAAUUCCCCGAAUCUUCAUUCGCCGGAAACAUUGGGCUUUGCGGCGGUCCACUUCGGCCAUGUAACCCAUUUCCUCCAUCUCCAUCUCCGACUGAGCCCAUUCCGCCCACAACUUCAGGUCAAAGCUCGAAAAUCCUUCCCACCGGCGCCAUCAUUGCCAUUGCCGUGGGGUCAGCAAUUGUUGCGUUACUGUUAUUACUAUUCCUCAUUAUCUGCUACCGUAAAUGGAAACGGAAGUCACCGAGGCGGCAGAAGGCGAUACCAUCGACGACACAUGCACUUCCGGUGGAGGAGGCGGGGACUUCCUCGUCGAAAGAUGAUAUAACCGGAGGCUCAACGGAAAUCGAAAGGAUGAUGAAUAAUAAGCUCAUGUUCUUCAAAGGUGGCGUUUACAGUUUCGAUUUGGAGGAUUUGAUGAGGGCGUCGGCUGAAAUGUUGGGAAAAGGCAGCACAGGAACGUCGUACAGGGUGGUUUUAGCGGUGGGGACGACGGUGGCAGUUAAACGGUUGAAAGACGUGGCGGUUAGUAAACGAGAGUUCGUAAUGAAGAUGGGAAUGUUGGGUAAAAUCAUGCAUGAAAACGUGGUUCCGUUGAGAGCGUUUUAUUAUUCCGACGAGGAGAAAUUGCUGGUUUAUGAUUACAUGCAUGGUGGAAGCUUGUUUGCGCUGCUUCACGGUAGCAGAAGCUCGGCUCGUACACCGUUAGAAUGGGACCCCCGGAUGAAAAUAGCCCUAGGCGUGGCUAGAGGCCUCGCGCACCUCCACAGUUCACAAAACAUGGUCCACGGCAACAUUAAAUCUUCCAACAUCCUUCUCCGACCAGACCACGAAGCCUGCAUCUCAGAGUUCGGUCUUAACUCUCUUUUCAACACCAACACUCCACCUAGUCGCAUCGCGGGUUACCAAGCACCUGAAGUAAUUCAAACCCAUAAAGUUACGGUGAAGUCAGACGUUUAUAGUUUCGGGGUGUUAUUAUUGGAAUUAUUAACCGGUAGGGCACCAAUCCAACCAUCAAUAACUGAAGAAGGGUUCGAUCUUCCGCGUUGGGUCCAAUCCGUGGUUCGGGAGGAAUGGGCGGCCGAGGUGUUUGACGCAGAGUUAAUGGCAUACCACGACAUCGAGGAAGAAAUGGUGCAAGCGUUACAAAUGGCAAUGGUUUGUGUCUCGACAGUGCCCGAUCAAAGACCCGUCAUGUCGGAAGUGGUACGUAUGAUCGGAGAUAUGAUAGAUAGAGGGGGAACAAAUGACGGUACGGCAGCCGCCAUAUGAUCCGUUAAACAAUGAAACAAAAUUCAAAGUGUGUUGACCUUGAGAAGCCAACAAUGGAGUUGAAAGUUUCAAUUUAAAAAAAAAAAAAUCAAUUCCAUUUGCAGGCCAUCUAUAAAACGUUAAAUGCUUGUAUUUGAUUUAUUUUAAUUAAUUAAUUAUUUUUUUUUAAUUGAGAGUUGGAAAGGUCGGCUAAUGUACAAAGUGGAACCCCGAUCGUGCAUUGCUUGAUGGGUGAUUAGUUCAUGAUUUUAUUAUUUUAACACUUAAUUAAUCUAAUUAGAAUCUGUUUCAAGGA